AUGCACGGUGUCCAGGACCAAUUGUGGGACGCGAUCAUAUGCCAGCAAGCACCAAGGCCUGUGGCGAACCGUUUUGAGGGACGCUGCGACCUCGUGCUCUUGGGCUGGACCGCCUUCAUUGUUCUGAACUUGGCCUCAGACUACUUCUGGACCCGCGGAAGCUCAGAGGCGGAGGAUGUUACUACUGUCGGAGGUUCCAUGGGCAUGGGCACAGCUGACAUUUACAUGGGGAGCUAUACGCUGGAGUCCAAUGGCUCCCUGCUGGAGGAGGGAGCUCUCAGAAUGGGAUUCGGCUCGCAGCCGUCCCCGUUGAUGUCUGUUCAUGCCAACUCCAUAUCGCUAUCGCUCAUGCCGAAGGACCUGCAGCGGGGCUUUGGGCCAUUGCAGUCCCAGCUGCUCUUUGCGGGCUUGGAGCUGGGCGGCGCCGGGAGAAUCCUACUGUGUGGCGAUGUCCGCGGUGACCUCCCAAAGGUUUGUAAAUGUGUGGAUGGCUUGCAGCGCAAGCUUCCCGAGGAGCAGCGAUUUCGGGCGGUCUUCUGCGUUGGAGAGUUCAGUGCCGAGGAGAUGAAUCUUGACGUUCCGGAGAAGCCAAGCGUGCCCAUCUACUUCAUCGAUUGUGGCCCAGCAUGCCAGGACCUCAUCGAUGAGUCGCCACAAGGCGAUGAGGUGGUGGCUAACGUCCACUUCCUGGGCCACUAUGGCGUGACCUCUGUAGCAGGGCUGAAGGUCCUAAGCCGGGCUGCUCAGCUGUCUCGGGAGCAGAAGCUUCCUGUGCUCCCGGUGUAUUUGUUGGACCCACGCCAGUUCCAAGAGACAAAGUUCGGCACCUUGAAGACAGGUGCAUUUAGAGCAUUAUUUCUGCUUCAAUCAGUACGCGUGCUCAAGCGGAGGCUACGUUCCAUAGGUUCCGAUCUCCUUGUCAAAGUCGGCAAGCCUGAGGACGUUCUUCCGGCUCUGUUGGACAAAGAAUCCGUGGUCGUCACGCAGGAGGAGGUGACCUCUGAGGAGCUCAGGGUGGACGCAGCGCUGCGUAGUGCAUUGGCGGCCAAGGGCUGCGAGGCGUGGGAGUACUGCUGGGGCAGCACCCUGUUCCACCGGGAUGAUCUGCCCUUCAAGAAGGACCUUAGAGAUGCCCCUGACGUCUUCACACUGUUCAAGAACCAGGUUGAGCCUGAGAUGGCAGCCCGGGUGAAUGAGGUGCCGGACACGUUCCGGGGCCAGAAGAAGACCAAGAGCCAGAUCGGGGUGAGGCCUUGCCUCCCAGACUUGGCGAAGGGCGACUUGCCGCUGCCCGAGGCUGGAGCCAAGUUGGACUUCGCUUUGGUCUUCGAGCCUGAGUGGAAGGACUUGCCCUUUGAAGCUCCGGUGGAGGAACCUGAAGUCCCCGAGACAGCCGCCAUUCAAUUUCAAGGCGGUGAGGACGCCGCUCUUGGAAGGCUACGUUACUAUUUGUUUGAGACCGAUCAUGUGGCCAAGUACUUUGAGACUCGAAACGGCAUGCUCGGACCAGACUACUCCACGAAGUUCGCCCCAUGGCUGGCCUUUGGCUGCUUGUCACCUCGAAAGAUCUUCGAGCAAAUCCGGGCGUACGAGAUGGAAAAUACUGCGAACAAGUCGACCUAUUGGGUUCUUUUCGAGUUGAUGUGGCGCGACUUUUUCCGCUUCUUUGCGGCAAAGCAUGGUGACAAAAUCUUCAAACUAUAUGGUGUGUCUGGUGGAGACUGGGAAUGGCAGUCUGAUAGCAAGCUGUUUGAGCUAUGGGCUCGUGGGAUGACUGGCUACCCUCUGGUUGAUGCCAACAUGCGAGAGCUGCGUGCCACUGGCUUCAUGUCCAACAGGGGUAGGCAAAAUGUGGCCUCCUUCCUCGCGCUGGACAUGAAAGUGGACUGGCGAAUGGGUGCUGACUGGUUUGAAAGCUACUUGGUGGAUUACGACGUCGCGUCUAACUGGGGAAACUGGGUUCAUGCAGCGGGCAUGACGACGGGACGUAUCAACCGGUUCAAUGUCACCAGGCAGUCGAAGACCUAUGACAAGGAUGGCAGAUACAUCAGACACUGGAUUCCUGAGCUACGACACAUGCCUGUCAAGUACAUCCACGAGCCAUGGACGCUCUCUCCGGAUGAGAAAGUGCAAUUUGGUGCCGAGGGCUAUCCGGCACCCUGUUUGGACCCAGCUCGAUUUCGCGAAGAGGGUGGUGGGAAAGGGCCGGGCUUGGUCGGACUUGCAAUCAGUCAUGCCGUGACCAGUGGUUUGGGAAGUUCGGUCGCCUACCUGUCGGGACGGCUGAAAGCUGAACUUUUUGAGGAACAGGAUGACAACGAGGACCAAGACGGUCAAGCUUUGCCUCAAGCUGAUGACCUGAAGUCCAAAUAUGCAGCAGAGGAGGGCGACCGAGGGCUUUUCGCUGGGGCACCCCCGCCGCUCGAGGCAGUCCAGUCAUCGAGCAGGAGCUCGGGCCCAUCAUGGGAGGAGCUCAAGGCAAAAGAGAAAAAGAAGGAGUUUAUGCAAACGCAGCUGUUUCUGGAUGGCUGCUACACUCCACUCGCGGUUGAGCGCCUGUGUGAGGAGAUUGGAGACAGUGGAGGUAUUGACAUCCUUUUGACCUCCGAGUGGCCAAAGGGGAUUCUCGGAGGCUUGAAAGACGCGUGGCCGGAGGAGGCCGAAGCGCGGAAACUGGCUAAGAGCGCCGUCCGCCAGUGCUGCUCGCCGGCCGUGGCAGAGAUCGCCGUUGCCGCGGAGCCCAAAUAUCAUGCUGUAGGACUGGGCGGAGUCUUCUGGCGGCGAGCGCCCUGGCGCCACGAGCGACGUGGAGAGGUCGAAGCGUCCACCGGAACGCUGAAGUGUGGCGUGUGCCGGAUGAUCACGCUCGGCAGUGUCGAUGGCAGCAGGCCAGGUGUCAAUGAGGCGCUCGAUGCGCAACGCAAGUACAGCUACAAGAAGCCAGAGGAGCUAGAGGCGCUGGCUAAGCCUCAAAAGUGGCUCCACGGGCUUGAUUUGGACCCACAGGCCAUGCCCACAGAUGCUGACGACGCUACGCCGUCACCCUGGGCAGAGAAGCCUGUCAAAGUGGAGGAUCCCAACCAACCGCCUGAGAGACCGGACUUCUCGGGCAUGGACAAG